AGUGAACUAAGUUUCAUGUGAUAUGUACCUCUAUUGAGACCUUCAUCACGCCCAAACUGAAUUCGAUCACAACAUCACGAACCCAUACCGACGGACGUAUCAUACUUGCAAGCCGAUAGUCGACCGAGAUCAGUACCAGCAUCACCAGACCGUACCAUCCAAAAUGCCCUUCGCCGUCCUCCCCGCCCUCAUCCCCGACAUCAAGCCCCUCUACGACACCUACUUUUCCGCCUUCACCGCCGACCCCGACGGGCGCAAGAUUCUCGAAAUCCUAUUUCCCGACGGCUACACCUCCGACGAGUUCCGCAAGGCGCACACCGAAGGGACGCUAGCAUGGCUGCACAAGGCCGAGUCGCAGUACACAUGGAAGUGCGUCGACGUAGCCACCGGCGAAAUCGUCGGCAUGGCGCUCUGUGACGUGUUUAUCAACCCCAAGGCAACAAAAGAGGAGCGGGCCUAUCCUGGGAUCCCCUGGCUGGCGGGCGAGCAGCGGGAGAGGGCGGAUCAGAUCCUGGCACCGCUUUGUGAGGCGAGGGAAAAGGUCAUGGGUGGUGGGGCGUAUAUCUAUGUCCACGCCAUUGCGGUAGAUCCCAAGCAUCAGGGCCGUGGUGCGGGAGCCAUGAUUGUCAAGCAGCUCGUCAACUUGAGCAAUGAUAGCAAUCUGCCCAUUUACUUGGAGUCGUCGGCGUCUGCGGAGGGGUUGUACAAGAAGAUGGGCUUUGUGAGGGUGCCGAAGGAGAAGGCGAGCGUGGUUCAUAGCAAGGAGGUGUUGGGGACGGAAACAGAUGUUGAGGUGCCGCUCAUGAUCAAGACCCCGGCGAGAACUGGCCUGUAAGGAUGGACACGGAACGAAAGAAAGCAUACACCAGAACUGUCGAUGUGAUGUCGAGAGCGUGUAGGAGUCAAACAUGAAGGAUACAAUAAAUACCCUGUUACAGCUGUGCGAGCUGAGACUUUUGCGUCCCAACGAGACACGACCCAGCAUCGAGCGACAUCAGCCAUCAAACCCGAUAGCACUUCGCCAGGGCCAGAGCCGCCGUCAUGCCUCAGUCUCGAUCCCAACGCCGUGUAAAUGAAUGUAGAAACCGUCGUCGUCGUCAACAACUGGCACUUGUCAACUUGUCCAGUUCUCACUGAAGUCUCAGCAUCUCCUCACCAUCCAGUCGAUAUCCCACCUCGCCUACCCUCCGUACGCCGCG